AUAGAAACAAGACAAAAAUGGUGGAGUAAAUCUAUUGAAAUCAGUCAUCAGUGUUUCAGUAAGAAGUGACACUCUCUCAAGUCUGGAGAGUCAGGGUGGAAGGGUUUAAGAACCCCUUUCUUGCUUCCUUUAUUGUCUUUCAAGAACAGAAAGAGGGCAAAAUGGCAACGAGAGAAGAAGUGACUAGGGAGAAAGAGGAUAAGGGAGUUGCAGCGAACGAGGAAGAAGACGAUGAGCAUGACUCAAAGGAAAGGGUUCUACAAAGAUACUUUCUCCAAGAGUGGAAACUGGUGAAAUCUCUCCUCGAUGACAUUGUUUCCAAUGGCCGUGUCUCAGAUCCCACAUCCGUUCACAAGAUCCGUUCCAUUAUGGAUAAGUAUCAAGAACAAGGCCAAUUGCUAGAACCCUACUUGGAAAGCAUGGUUUCGCCUUUAAUGUUCAUCAUCCGAUCUAAAACAGUCGAACUAGGCAUCAAUUCCGAUGAGAUUCUCCAAAUAAUCAAGCCUAUAUCUAUCAUUAUUUAUUCUCUUGUAACCGUUUCCGGUUACAAAUCCGUUAUCAAGUUCUUUCCACAUCAAGUUUCCGAUCUAGAAAUCGCUGUUUCUCUCCUGGAAAAAUGCCACAACACAUCAUCCGUCACGUCAUUGCGGCAAGAAAGUACGGGAGAAAUGGAGGCGAAAUGCGUGAUCCUUUUGUGGCUUUCAAUUCUUGUUUUGGUUCCAUUUGAUAUAUCCUCUGUUGAUACUAGCAUUGCGAAUAGCAUUGGUAGCACCGGUGAGGAUGAGUUGGCUCCUUUGGUGUUGAGAAUAAUAGGGUUUUCUAAAGAUUACCUUUCCAAUGCCGGCCCGAUGCGUACUAUGGCAGGAUUAGUCUUCUCAAAGCUCCUAACACGGCCGGAUAUGCCUAAGGCUUUGGCCAGCUUUAUUGAAUGGACUCAUGAAGUUUUAUCUUCGUCAGUGGAUGAUGUUGUAAGUCAUUUUCAGUCGAUAGGUGCUGUAGAAGCCCUUGCUGCCAUUUUUAAGGCUGGCAGCAGGAAAGUGUUGGUGGAUGUUGUUCCUACCAUUUGGAAUGAUGUCUCCCUUUUGAUCAAGUCAGGUACUGCUGCUAGGAGUCCUUUGCUUCGCAAGCAUUUGGUAAAGUUAACUCAAAGAAUUGGACUUACUUGCCUCCCUCAUCGUUCACCAACCUGGCGUUAUGUGGGAAGAACCAGCUCACUUGGAGAGAAUAUUUCUUUGAAUGCAUCCAACAAGAAUGAUCAAUUAAACCAUGGUGUAGUUCUAGAGAACUCCAAAUCAGAUGAAAAUUCCAACUGUCCUCAAGAUGAAGAUCUGGAUGUUCCAGAGAUUCUGGAAGAGAUAAUUGAGGUGUUGCUUUCUGGAUUGAGAGACACGGACACUGUUGUACGUUGGUCUGCUGCGAAAGGUAUAGGCCGUGUAACUUCACGUUUAACGUCUGCGCUCUCAGAAGAGGUCUUGUCAUCUGUGUUGGAGCUGUUUACACCUGGUGAGGGAGAUGGUUCAUGGCAUGGAGGUUGCUUAGCAUUGGCUGAACUGGCAAGGAGAGGGUUGCUCUUACCUACCAGUCUCUCCAAAGUCGUACCUGUUGUUGUAAAGGCAUUACAUUAUGAUGUUCGAAGAGGUCCACAUAGUGUUGGAUCUCAUGUACGAGAUGCUGCUGCCUAUGUUUGUUGGGCAUUUGGUCGUGCAUAUUAUCAUACAGAUAUGAGAAAUGUAUUGGAUCAGCUUGCUCCCCACCUAUUAAGUGUGGCCUGCUAUGAUCGUGAGGUUAACUGUAGAAGAGCUGCUGCAGCUGCUUUUCAGGAGAAUGUUGGAAGACAAGGAAAUUACCCACAUGGCAUUGAUAUAGUGAAUACUGCUGAUUACUUUUCACUUUCGUCACGAGUGAACUCUUACAUUCAUGUUGCUGUCUGUAUUGCUCAAUAUGAAGGGUAUCUUCAUCCAUUUGUGGAUGAGCUUCUGCAUAACAAGAUCUGUCACUGGGAUAAGGGCUUGAGAGAGCAUGCUGCAGAGGCACUUGCUGCUCUUGUCAGUUAUGAUGCUGCAUACUUUGCAGACUCUGUUCUGGAAAAGUUAAUUCCUUUUACUCUGUCAUCUGAUUUAUGCACACGCCAUGGUGCAACCUUGGCUGCUGGAGAACUUGUUUUGGCACUACAUCGAUGUGGUUAUGAUCUUCCCAGUGAUAAAAAGAAAGAAGUUUCUGGUAUCGUUCCUGCUAUUGAGAAAGCACGCCUUUAUCGGGGGAAGGGUGGAGAAAUAAUGCGGGCAGCUGUUUCCCGGUUUAUUGAAUGCGUCUCAUUCUCUCAACUACCUUUGCCAGAGAAAGUAAAACGAAGUUUGAUUGAUACCCUUAACGAGAAUUUGAGACACCCUAACUCUCAGAUACAGACUGCAGCUGUGAAAGCCCUAAAACACUUUGUACAAGCAUACCUUGUUGCUACGGAUAAUAAAGGUGCCAUUGAUAUAACAAUGAAGUACCUGCAACUCCUGGAUGAUUCAAAUGUGGCUGUAAGAAGAGGAUCUGCAAUGGCAUUGGGUGUUUUACCCUACAAAUUGUUGGUUAAUCAUUGGAGGGAUGUGAUUUUGAAGCUUUGCAGCUCUUGUGCAAUUGAGGAUAACCCUGAGGAUAGAGAUGCUGAAGCACGGGUUAAUGCUGUCAAAGGACUUAUAUCUGUUUGUGAGACAUUAACUCAGGCGAGAGAAAAUUCUGAUAUCCAUUCUGGAGAGGAUGACAUGUCUCUCUUUCAUCUCAUCAAGAAUGAUGUGAUGGUUAGUUUGUUUAAAGCUCUUGAUGACUAUUCUGUAGAUAACAGAGGUGAUGUGGGUUCUUGGGUUCGUGAGGCCGCUAUGGAAGGCCUUGAAAAAUGCACAUAUAUCCUUUGUAAGAGAGGUUCCACAAACUAUACCAGGAAACCAGACAUGCUUGAAUCUGUGUCAAAGCUGCCUAAUAGCAAUGUUGAUGAAGAGAAUCAAAUGUGCCCAUUUUUUGACAUAAAUAUUGCUACCAAUUUGGUGGGGGGGAUCGCAAAGCAAGCUGUAGAAAAGAUGGAUAAACUAAGAGAAGUGGCUGCUAAGGUUCUCCAAAGGAUUCUGUACCACAAGGAAAUUUUCAUUCCUUUUAUACCUUACAGAGAAAAGAUAGAAGAAAUUGUUCCCAAUGAAAUAGAUUUAAAGUGGGGAGUACCUGCCUUUUCAUAUCCACGUUUUGUGCAAUUACUUCAGUUCGGUCGUUAUAGCAGACCAGUACUGUCUGGUUUAGUUAUUUCAAUUGGUGGGUUGCAAGAUUCUUUAAGGAAGGCAUCACUCUCUGCAUUUUUGGAGUAUCUUCAAGUUGAUGAAGACAUUAAUAAGGAAUCCAAGGUGUGUAAGUUAUCCACUGACAUCCUUUGGAUUCUCCAAGAGUAUAAGAGGCUCGACAGGGUCAUUAUACCGACUUUGAAGAGGCAUUCCAAUACAAUUGAGAUUCUUUUCAGCAAAAAAAUAUUCUUGGAUAUGGAGGCUCAUACUUCAAUUUUCUGUGCUGGUGUUUUGGAUUCUCUGGGGGUUGAAUUGAAAGGGUCCAGGGACUUCUCCAAGUUAUAUGCAGGCAUUGCAAUACUUGGAUAUAUUGCUUCAAUUUCAGAUCCUGUCAACUCCCGGGCCUUUUCUCAUCUGCUCACGUUCCUCAGCCAUCGGUACCCUAAGAUUCGCAAAGCUGCUUCCGAACAAGUUUAUCUGGUCUUGCUGCAAAACGGAAGUCUAGUGUCUGAGGAAAAAACAGACAAGGCACUUGAAAUUAUUUCUGAAACUUGCUGGGAUGGUGACGUGGAAACAGCAAAGCUUAUGAAGCUGGAAUUGCUUGAAAUUGCUGGUCUGGAUGUUGGACAGCUAAAAACCACUGAAAAAGUACGAAAAAAGGAUGAUAAGAAAUCUGCAGCUCCAGAUGAAAAUGAAUCCUACUCUUCAUUGGUUGAGUCAACUGGGUUUUUGAUUGCUUAAAAGAAAAAACAGCCAGCCUCCUGUUGUACUUUUUUAUCUUUUUACUUGUUUCAUUUCAUUAAUGAGCUUCUCAAGGUGAUGGUAGGCCUUUGUCACGGGAGGGUUUAGUUAAAAAUAUAUGCAUACUAGAUGAAUAUCCUCGUGUUGAUGCGGAAUGAAUUUUGUAAUUAAAAUUAGUAAUUUUGUAUUUUAAAAAUAUUGAUCCUUUUA